GUUUCUUGUAUUUUUCUGAGCCGCCGAGUUUCGAAUGCUCGGUCUUUGGCUGCCUCGCCAAUGUGGUGUGGUAGCACACUGCCGCGCCAUGUCCACCACCACCACCACCACCACCACCACCGCCGCCGCCGCAGUGACUUCUGCCUUGCCAUCGUCGUCAGAGCCUCAGCGGGUGGCGCGAUUUGCAUGGCCGCCUGCGCUCGCGUCCACUCCCGCCGCUCUUGGCGCCGUUGCUCCAGCCGAUCCCGAACCAGAGGCCGACUCGGACGCCGCCAAGACCCGCGGGGCACUCAAGAUGGCUCGCUUGGUCGAGCUGUGCAAGCGGCGCGGAUUCGUCUUCCGGAGCGGGGAGAUCUACGGCGGCGGACUGCAGGGCUGCUACGACUAUGGCCAUGCCGGCGUCGAGCUCAAGAGCAAUCUGGCGGGCGAGUGGUGGCGCGCCAUUGUGCGCAAAAGCAGAGGCCGCAUUGUCGGAAUCGACUCGAGCAUUAUGAGCUCUUACAAGGUCUGGAAGGCGAGCGGGCACGUCGCGCAGUUCAACGAUCGCAUGGGCAUCUGCGCCUUGUCCGGAUUGCCGUUUCGUGUGGACAAGGCACCCCCGCUGCGGAUAGACACGGUGCGACCACGACAACAAGAGGCAGACCAUGCAACUGCCGUGGCCGCUGUUCCACAGCAGCACCGGGUCGUCAAGCUUACCGCUCCAGACGCCCAGCACGCUGCUCGCUGGGCUGCCAAAUUGGCGCAGGACGGUGACGCUGCAUCAGCUCCUGCCGACAAUUCAGCUGGAAGCAUCACUUUCGCCAACGCCGACGGCUCCGCUGGCAAAUCCAUCCCCUACCCUCCUGCGGCGGUGCCAAAGAGCAACUCGCCAUUCUUUGAAGAAAAGCUGAUGAACGGCAUGUUCCCAACGUCCGAAUUUGGCACCGACAUUCUCAACGAGGCAGCCACUGUCGCCUCCUCAUCUAUCGCUCAAAAACCCACCCCGACCAACGCUGACCAGGUGCGGCAAGCAUUCGCAGCCAGUAUCGCCCCGCGUUUGACCUAUCUGCGGCCAGAAACAGCUCAGGGCAUUUUCAUGCAAACCACCAACACGAGCAAUGCCAACAUCCUGAAACUGCCGUUUGGCAUUGCGCAAAUUGGAAAGGCCUUCCGGAAUGAGAUUGACGCGCAGCACUUUAUCUUCCGCUCGCGCGAGUUUGAGCAGAUGGAGCUCGAGUUUUUCAUUCCUCCAGGCGAUCACGAACCUUGGCUGCAGUACUGGGUCAACUCGCGCACGCAAUGGUGGCGAUCCUUGCUGCGCAAUCCCGACGAUAUUGUCCAGUUGCCCAUCCCCAAGCGUGAUCUUGCGCACUAUGCACGAGCGUGCGUGGAUUUAGAGUACAACUUCCCGUGGGGUCGAGGUGAGCUCGAGGGAGUCGCAGCGCGCGGUUCCCACGACUUGGAUGCGCACGAGGCCGGCUCUGGCGCGAAUUUGCGGGUGCCCGGUGCUCAACCGGGCUCUGUGGUCGUGCCACACGUGAUUGAGCCUUCUGCUGGCCUGACGCGCGGCGUUCUAGCCGUGCUUUGCGACGCCUUGCACGAGGUUGGUCCUGGAGAUCCGCGCUAUUCGGACAAGUCCAGCGAGCAGAGGUUGGUGCUCGCUCUGCACCCUCGUCUCGCUCCUUACAAAGCGGCAUUGCUGCCGGUUGUUGCCAAGGAGCCCCUGAUGGAAGCGGCGCGCAACAUGGAAGAACGGCUCGUCAACGAAUUUGGCCUGGCAGUGAUUUACGACGACGCACGCUCGAUUGGCAAGCGCUAUCAACGGCAAGACGAACUCGGCACACCCCUCUGUGUGGCCUUUGACAGCGAAGGCAUCACUGUUCGCAAUCGCGACACUUCCAAGUCGGAGCGCAUGUCCGAGGAGGACGCCAUUCAGCUGAUUGUCUCGACGGCGCGGCUUCCUCUUGCCUUUGAUGCGCUUCCACCGCUUCCACGAGAUGUGUCACUCGCAGCGGCGUAGUGCUACGAACAAGCAAGAAGGAGAAGAAUGCCAUUGCACUAAAUGAUGUAUUUUGUAUUUUGUAGCGACGAUACAAUGAUUUUUUU